GUACUGAUGUUACGAAAAAAUGGGUCGGGUCCUUUCGAAAACCCCAAGUCGGUCGGAGGAAGUGAGGAACCACAAGGAACAGUCUCUGGUUAGGAAAAUGGUGCAGCCCCGAUUCGUCCGUCCGUCGCCUUCCUCCGGCACCGGAGAAUCCAACUCAUCCAAUCUGUACGUCGCGAAUUGCGGGCCGGCGGUUGGACUUUCGCACGACGCGAUAGGGGCGGUGUUCUCUGCUUUCGGUGAAGUGAAGGGCGUCUACCCGGCGGACGAGAGCGGCGUUCGUGUCAUCAUCUCUUUCGCGGAUCCGUUCUCCGCGAAAUCCGCUCUAGAAUCCUUGAGUGGUCGGCCAUGUCCGGACCUCGAUGGACGGACUCUACAUAUUCGACACUCUGUUCUUCAGUUACCUUCCCAGACGCAGGUGAACGAAUGCGUCCCAGUGUCUUUGUCUGGUUCAGAUUUGAAUAUCCCAGGGCUCUUCCUGUUACCUGAUUUUGUCACUGCUGAAGAAGAACAGCAAUUGCUUGCGGCUGUUGAUACUCAGCCUUGGAUCGGUCUCGCCAAACGGCGUGUUCAACACUAUGGAUAUGAGUUUUGUUACGGGACAAGAAAUGUUGAUACCAAGAACCGUCUCGGAGAGCUUCCACCGUUUGUUUCUCCUAUACUCCAAAGAAUCUCAUUGUUCCCGAACCUUGACUACGACCCAGCAAGCUUGAAACUAGACCAGUUAACGGUAAAUGAGUACCCAUCUGGUGUGGGUUUAUCACCUCACAUUGACACACAUUCAGCGUUUGAAGAUUGCAUUUUCAGCCUUUCCUUAGCUGGUCCUUGCAUUAUGGAGUUCAGAAGAUACUCUGCUUCCACCUGGAAAGUAACCUCAACCAGCACGGAUGAAGAAGAGAAGCCAGAUACCUCCACUUGCAUCAAGAAAGCUUUAUAUCUUCCUCCUCGGUCUAUGCUCCUAUUAUCCGGGGAAGCUCGCUACGCUUGGAAUCAUUACAUUCCACAUCACAAGAUUGACAAGGUGAAGGAUAAAGUGAUCAGGAGAAGUCCGAGAAGGGUAUCUUUCACAUUGCGGAAGGUGAGAAAUCAUCCUUGCAGGUGUGAGUUCCCACAAUACUGUGACUCUCAACAACAAAAACAUAACUGAGGCAAAGGAGAAAUUAAGUGAAAUGAUUUUUGAAAUGUAGAAGUUUGAGUAUCAAACUCUCAACUCUAUAAAUGUAGAUUUCUUUUUUAUGUCAUCCAGCAACAAUACUACCAAUUAUAGAGACUAUUAUGCACGAUAUCUAAUGAUUCAAACAGUUGUGUUUGUAA